UCACGGCAGUUCAGCCUCUGCUGCCUGUGUGUGGCAACAACCAGGGUGAAGCUGGACAACCGAAGGGGGAAACGCGUGAUUGUGGAGAGAGUACCAUGUUACGCUUUUAAAGUAUCUCCAACCUACACUCGCGUCGGAAGGCAGAUUUUGGAGGGAUUUUUGUAUAUUUUUUCUUUCUUUUUUUGGGUGGAUUAACCAGCUCCACAUUCACCGGAGGUUGAGAUUUAAAGUAGUUUUGAUCGAGCUCGAUCAACUGUGGUUGUACGCGCUCCAGAGAAAAGACGGAGGAUGCGUGUCGGGAUCCGCGCUCACACCAGGAGGGAUUAAAUGCAUGAAUUACAGCCCGCUCUGAUUCUCUUUCCUCGGGAACAAAAGUCGGACGGAGCGCGCACGGAUUAAACCGCGUCAUUUCCCAACACUCGACCUCCCCUCUUCACCCCCUCCUCACCCCUGUGAGCCGAGGCUGGUGUGGCUCUGAGCACGUUUGAGCCAUUUUGCCAAAGGACCUGCUGAACGCUGGAGACAUAAACAAAGGAUAGUUUUCCAAGAUGUAUCCACAAGGCCGACAUCCGCCUCCACAUCAGCCCGGUCAGCCUGGCUUUAAAUUCACCGUAGCAGAGUCUUGUGACAGGAUUAAAGAUGAAUUUCAGUUCCUACAAGCCCAAUAUCACAGUCUUAAGGUGGAGUAUGACAAACUGGCCAAUGAGAAGACAGAGAUGCAACGCCACUAUGUCAUGUAUUAUGAGAUGUCCUACGGGCUGAACAUAGAGAUGCACAAACAGACGGAGAUUGCCAAACGGCUCAACGCAAUUUUAGCUCAAAUUAUGCCUUUCCUGUCACAAGAGCACCAACAGCAGGUUGCUCAGGCAGUGGAACGGGCUAAACAGGUGACAAUGACUGAGCUGAAUGCUAUCAUCGGGGUACGUGGACUUCCCAAUCUGCCUCUCACCCAGCAGCAACUCCAAGCACAGCACCUCUCCCACGCUGCUCAUGGGCCUCCAGUUCAGCUGCCACCUCACCCCUCAGGCCUGCAGCCGCCCGGCAUCCCCCCUGUGACGGGAUCUGGAUCAGGUCUGCUGGCACUCGGCGCCCUGGGCAGCCAAGCCCACCUCCCAGUGAAGGAUGAGAAAAACCAUCAUGAUCUUGAGCACAGAGAGAGUACGAAUAACUCAAUAUCCCCAUCAGAAAGCUUACGCACAGCCAGUGAGAAGCACCGCAGCUCCUCUGACUACAGUUUGGACUCCAAGAAACGCAAAGUUGAAGAGAAGGACAGCAUGAGCAGAUAUGACAGUGAUGGAGAGAAAAGUGAUGACCUGGUAGUAGACGUGUCAAAUGAGGAUCCUGCCACUCCUCGGGCAAGUCCUUCCCACUCUCCACCUGAAAAUGGCAUUGAUAAGCCCCGCCCUCCAAAGAAGGACACACCCAACAGCCCUGCAUCAGUGGCGUCCUCUGGUAGCACUCCAUCGUCUAAGGCCAAGGAGCUCAGUCAUAAUGACAAAUCCUCCACGCCUGGCCUCAAGUCCAACACACCCACCCCCCGCAACGAUGCCCCCACCCCGGGCACCAGCUCCACUCCUGGGCUCAGGCCCAUCCUGGGCAAACCACCAGGCAUGGAGGCUCUUGCUGCACCAGCUCUGCGUACCCCUCUGUCCAUUGCAGGGUCUUACCCCCCCUUUGCCAUGAUGGGUCAUCAUGAAAUGAAUGGAGGUCUGACUAGUCCUGGUGUGUAUGCUGGUCUGCACAUCUCCCCUCAGAUGAGUGCUGCAGCAGCUGCAGCCUAUGGACGCUCCCCGAUGGGAUUUGAUCCUCACACUCACAUGAGAGCACCAGGCCUUCCAGCCAGCCUCACAUCCAUAUCUGGUGGCAAACCGGCCUACUCCUUCCACGUCAGUGCCGAUGGUCAGAUGCAGCCCGUGCCCUUCCCACCGGAUGCCCUGAUUGGCCCUGGUAUUCCUCGCCAUGCCCGUCAGAUCAACACACUGAAUCAUGGCGAGGUGGUGUGCGCUGUUACGAUUAGCAACCCCACACGCCAUGUCUACACUGGUGGCAAAGGCUGUGUCAAAAUCUGGGACAUUAGCCAACCUGGCAGCAAAAGUCCUGUGUCCCAACUGGACUGCCUGAACAGGGAUAACUACAUCCGCUCCUGUAAGCUACUGCCUGAUGGCCGCACAUUGAUUGUUGGAGGCGAGGCCAGCACGUUGACCAUCUGGGAUCUGGCCUCGCAAACACCCCGAAUCAAGGCUGAGCUCACCUCCUCAGCCCCAGCGUGCUACGCCUUGGCCAUCAGCCCUGAUGCUAAAGUCUGCUUCUCCUGCUGCAGUGAUGGAAACAUUGCCGUUUGGGACCUACACAACCAGACUCUCGUCAGGCAGUUCCAGGGCCAUACAGAUGGUGCUAGCUGUAUUGACAUAUCCCAUGACGGCACUAAGCUGUGGACAGGCGGUCUUGACAACACUGUUCGCUCCUGGGAUCUGAGGGAGGGUCGACAACUGCAACAACAUGAUUUCACAUCACAGAUCUUCUCUUUGGGCUACUGUCCGACUGGAGAGUGGCUUGCUGUGGGCAUGGAGAGCAGCAACGUGGAGGUGCUCCACCACUCAAAGCCUGACAAAUAUCAACUCCACCUGCACGAGAGCUGCGUCCUCUCUCUCAAGUUCGCCUACUGUGGUAAAUGGUUCGUAAGCACUGGGAAGGACAAUUUGUUGAAUGCUUGGAGGACUCCUUAUGGCGCCAGCAUAUUCCAGUCUAAGGAAUCCUCAUCUGUCUUGAGCUGUGACAUCUCGACCGACGACAAGUACAUUGUGACAGGCUCCGGUGACAAGAAGGCCACUGUGUAUGAAGUGAUCUACUAGUGCAGACUGCUUUGGAUCAGAGCAUGUUCAUGCUCAGGAACAUCAGACUCUUACUCCAUCUACCUUCCCCACAAAGACAGCAUGGAGGUUGCCCGCAGUCCUGGGGUGGAUGGGCAGGAAGUUUGGCGGUGCCAGACUGAACUGGACGUUAGUGCUUUUGAGGCUCUGGAUGUUGUGUCCUUCACCUCUGCCCUUCCUCACUCAUACAGCUAACAAUUGUACAGCAAGUGCAGUUGCCCAAGGCACGAAGAAGAAAAUAAUGUCUUGCUGUUUUUUUUUCUGUUUGUUGGAUAUUUCUUUUUUAUUUGUCCUUUUUAAUGUGGAGCUAAAGUUCCAUGACACAACUAGAAGCGGCGCUUCAUUUGGAGCUUCUCCUUGGAGGUCCUGUGAAAAGUGUACAUAAUGGAGUAAUAAAAGGCCUUUUAUAGAUUUA